AUGGCAAAAUCGACUCGCCCUCCUGCCAAUGGUUUCGUGCGCGUCAUGCGAACAGCCUACAACCCGAUCGGUUUCUCGAAAGGCUACAAUGCCAUCUUAUGGUUCCUUACUGUGGGAUACAUCUUCGGUUUCACUCUGUCUCGUCUGGGGUAUCUGUCCUUUGGUACCGUCUUCUGCGGUGUAAAUCGUACACCAGGGUCCGGAGCAGCGCCUGGGGAGUGCUAUUAUUGGCUACAAGAUCCUUUUAAGAUUGGUCUGCAUCGUUCGAGACUUCGAGAAAAGUGGCUGCACUGA